AUGUCGUGGAAGCGGUCGGAGAGGCUGAUGGAUACCAUCAAGCACUACAGCAAUUUUCCCGCAACCGGUGUUUCCCUGCGCCAGAUGGUACAGUUCGGCGAGAGACCAUCGACAGGAACCCUCUUCCGCGCGUCACAGUUCCUCUCCGAAGAGCUCCCCAUACGGCUAGCACACCGCGUGCAAGAGCUCAGCGACCUCCCCGAUGGCCUUAACGAGAUGCCCUCGAUCCAGAGAGUGCGAGAUUGGUACGCACAAUCGUUCGAAGAGCUCGUGACUCUCCCCCGACCCAACCUCCCCUCUGACAUCAAAGAACGACUACUACGCCCUGCAAAGCGCCCCAAUAAAGAAUCGAGUUUGAUCAGCAAGACAACGCAAAAUCCGAGCAUCUCCAAAGGCCAGUAUAGGUCUGCACCCGAGAACAAUGGGCCCAAGAACGGGAAUGGGCAUAAACAUGGCAGGGAAAUCAAAGGCUCAACUUCAAGCAGGAGAUACUACGUUGCGGCAGAUGAUGGAAACGAAUGGCCGCCCGAGCUAAGCGCAUACAACAUCAAGUUCGCAGAGACGCUGGAAAAGAUCAAGAGGCGGCACGACUCCGUCGUUACGACGGUAGCACAAGGUAUUCUGGAAUGGAAGCGGCGGAAACAACGCAUGCAGAUCGACCACAACAUCCAGGCCUUCCUCGACCGCUUCUACAUGUCGCGUAUCGGCAUACGCAUGCUCAUCGGGCAGCACAUAGCGCUCACGGACCAGCGGCAACGCUCCGAUCCUAAUUACGUCGGCAUCAUCUGUACGAAGACGAACGUCCGAGAACUCGCACAAGAAGCCAUUGAGAACGCGAGGUUCGUAUGCGAGGAUCACUACGGCCUCUUCGAAGCCCCGAAAGUACAGCUCGUCUGCAACUCUGACAUUAGCUUCAUGUACGUCCCGGGCCAUUUGUCACACAUGUUAUUCGAGACGCUCAAGAACUCGCUGCGCGCUGUUGUCGAGUUCAGGGGGCAGGACAAGGAGGAUUUUCCCGUGACCAAAGUCAUUGUAGCGGAGGGCAAAGAAGACAUUACGAUCAAGAUCUCAGACGAAGGAGGAGGAAUUCCACGGUCGGCUAUCCCGCUCGUGUGGACGUAUAUGUAUACCACCGUAGAUCAGACGCCGAGCCUGGACCCGGAUUUUAACAAGAGCGACUUCAAGGCGCCAAUGGCCGGUUUCGGAUACGGUCUGCCCAUCUCAAGACUAUACGCGAGGUACUUCGGUGGCGAUCUGAAGCUGAUCAGUAUGGAGGGCUACGGCACCGACCAACUACCAGUCAUGAGGGACGAGUGGACGUCUAGCGAGCUGAUUCGUUCGUCUCGAGGAUUGGCGCGUAGUAGUUCGGUCGGCUCGAAAGCCAUGCGGCUGAAGUUGAGUGGGCAGAUGGAAGUCAGCGAGCGGAGGCAGGUCGGCGAUGCUGAGGAGAUGUUCCAAGAGAGAGGGGGCGCGGCUCCUUGGUGGAGAAAUGUGGGCAUGGAGGAGGGCAUGUGA